AUGCACAGGUCGUCCCAGGCCAGAGAACCUUCUCCAGAAAGCUCUACAGGAUGCGGAUCUUCUCUCUAUGAGGGUGUGAUUAACGACAACUGGGAUAGCUCCGACGCGGAAGACCAGCCGGAGCCCAGUGACAGAAAAGAGGGCCAGGCGAGAGAGGAUGAUUGUACGGAAAUAGACGAAUGCGAGGUUUUGGACCGAACGGAUGGUGAAGGUUCUAGGGCAGGCGACCACACUAAUGUUGACACUUCGAUUCUUGGAACGCCAAUCGAAAGAGGUAUGUCGGAAGGAUUGGAAGAGAGGGCAGUCGCGGACGACAAACAGCCGAGUGGACCCGUGCAGACCCCUUCUCCAAUACGAUCGUCACACACAUCAAGGACCCAGCCAGCAAUACGCAGGAACCGGAAUAAAGACGCCAUUUGGCAACCCUACGAUACCGCACAGAGAGGGAACCGCCGUGCGGCCCGGACAGUUUCCCCAGAGGAAGAGCGAGUUACCAUCGGUAACUCCACCGAUCCGGGCCCAGGCGCAGAGCACCGGCCCAGUACAGAACCGUCGCAACCAAUCGGGGAACACGCGGAGGUGGAACAGCCGGCAGAAGAACCACAUGCUGUGAACGAGGAUGGCACAUCAACGGGGGCGCCCCAGCGCGACGCUACUGGGAAUGACGCGCGACAUCUUGCCCAAAUGGAGCAGCCAGAACAGCGAAACCGCGAAGGCGACGAACCCGCCUCCUCACAAAUACCACCGUCUGAUCGCGCAGAAGGAAUAAGCGGGGAGCAAUUGACACAAGGCAGAGAGUCAAUCGCCGAUCAGGUUGAAGAACCAGCACGGCUAGAAGUAUCUCCAGCCCAUGCUGUCGCCCGCCCUGUCACCGAAAUUCCGGUGCAUUUGCCCAGUCUAAUCGCACAGUUGCGCGAAGGAAGCGAGCUUGAUGCUGGUGUACCCCCCGCCGAUGCAACAAGCGUUGCGUGCCCUGAAUACGAAGCCUCACUCCGCCCCUCGCCCCUUGAGCCCGUCGCGCAGAGCACGGAAGAGGGACUACCCGGAAGCGAUUUCGACGGUACGAAUCUGCCCCGGUCUCCCCGACGGGGUCCGAGGAUCGGACCGCAGCCACAUCAAGAAGGAGCAGUCCGUAAAGUGAGGAAGAAUCCGACGACACUGCGAGAGAUCAAUCGGGCAGGUACUCUAGAUGCUGCCAUCGCCGAUGAGUUGUGGGGUAGCGAUGGGGGCGGCGACGAAGCGGGAGGAAUCACGGCCGAAACGACUGCGAUCUCUCCUCAGGAUGCUGAGCGAUAUCCCGCCGAUGCAACAAACGUUGCGCGCCCUGCAGUCCGUAAACUGAGGAAGAAUCCGACGACACGUCGAGAGAUCAAUCGGGCAGGUACUCGAGAUGCUGCCAUCGCCGAUGAGUUGUGGGGUAGCGAUGGGGGCGGCGACGAAGCGGGAGGGAUCACGGCCGAAACGACUGCGGUCUCUCCCCCGGAUGCUGAGCGAUAUCCCGCCGUUCUGCCCGAUCCAGAGCAGGCCCAACUGGAAGCCAUUGCAAGACAAGAGGGCGAAGAUCACCUCUUUGAUACUGAGGAUCUUGAAGAAGACCGUCCUCCUGCGGUCGCUGCUCGGCGCAACUGGAAAGUCACAAAACCGUCCAAGAUAGCCAAACCAAAGCAGGCUCAGCCGGGAGGAUCGUCCAAGGAGUCACGAGCCGGGUGGUCCUCCCGGCGACGGGCGGUCGAUUUCGAGGCUCGAAUGCCGGGAGUAGUCACGCAGCUCGAUGCCACUCAACCGGACAUAACAAACCUCGUCCGCACAGGUGUGAGGGAUGUGGUGCGCGAGCACGACGAAGCCAAUGAUCCGGCUCCCCUCGCGGUUGGAAGUAUCAGUCGAGGUCCUUCUGGUUCGCCACCGGAAGGGCGGGUGACGAUCACCUUUCGCGCUUUCCAGCGAGGAGAAUGGAUAGUGACGGACGCGAUCUCUGUGGAUUCCGCAAAUCCAGUGGAGGCGCAGGCGAUCGCCGAGCGGUAUGCCCGAGACCCGGAGCAGGCGGCCCAUUUCUAUGAUCGUUCACUACGGAAAGUUGCUGUGGACCAGUGUGUCCGCGCGGCGAUCAACGACGGAAGUUUCACGGUCCUCAUGGGUUUGGGAAGAGGCCUUGCAGUAACGCGGAAGCUGGUGGCCUCAGCGACACAAUUGCUCGAGAGUGUUGAAACUGCCGGCCCUGUCAUAGAGGAAGAGGAAGAGGAGUUGUAG